AUGUGCAAGUACACCUACCACCAUUUUCCGAUUUGCGGACACAUCUCCAACUGGACUGUCGUCAGCUGUCUAGACCUGACCCACCAGGUCCGUACACUAGGUCAGCGGCAGGGUCUGACUUGCGACCGGGUCGAAGUCAAGCACAAAUUCAACCGAAAGGCCAGCGGGACCCCCUGUGUCCAAUGUGACAGAGAAUGGUGCGAUGCUGUCAGCCACGACACCAUGGAUGACUGGCUGAACCAAAAUGACAGCACCAUAGAGGGUAUUAAUGCAGACCGACCUCUGUUCGAGUACUCCGUUCGCAUAAACCCUCAUGCGAGCAGUGAUCCAGCUGAGUAUUUCCCGUCCAGCCGUGACACAGACGAGCAGUCUGAUGUGUUUGCAGAUUCCAACUUCGCCGUUAGACCUAGUCCGUCUAACUCUCCAGGUAACUGUAUUGAAGACCACGGUGGCUUCGUAUCCCCCUCUCCGAUUUUCAGCACCAGAAGUUCGGUGUUCACUCUUUCUACCACCGACAAGAGCACAACUUCGGAUCCUAACAGCAGUGAUUGGGAGACUCACGAAUCAUCCGACUCACGCCUUCAUAGGCAUAUUCGCAUUCGCUACCGACGGCCGAUGCUUGAUUGGAAAUUGGUGAACUCUGACUGUGAUCGAGUGCCCACUGCUUCCCUGCCUAGGAAAUCGCCACAAGAUAGCCCAGACAGCCCUAAUACGUCUAGCAUGUUCAGUGAGACUGGGUUCUUUAGUAUCUCUAGCCACCCUAGCAGCCCCACUUUCCCGAACAGCUUUGCAGAGUAUGUGUUGACGGAAAUUCUAUCUGACAAUAGCGCCUCAAUGCCCUAUGCGCGUCUUUCCGAGGGCAUCGCUCCUAUUGCUCUAUAUGAUAUUGGGUACAGUAGUGAAGAGAGCCAGCAACAGGGGCAUUCAUCUCCAGCCAGUACAUCAUCAGCCAGUUCGUCGUCAGCUAACUCGGACAUGAGCGCUUCUCCACAGCGUUUUCGGUCAGCAAGGGGCCGAACUAGGACUCCGUACCCACGCGUGGCUUCCAAGGCUUCUAGGUAG